GUGCGUUGCAGCGGUUGCAGUUGCAGCAGUAGCAGCAGCAAGUUAGUUGACAAGAUCGAGAUCGAAGGAAUUCGCAAAUAGCGUUCGCGUUGUCUUAGACUUUCGCAUCCAGCAAUAAUGUAGUGCUAACUUCAAUCAUUGUACCUGCGGGUUACGAAUUUCCUCUCUGUCAUUAGAGAGAGCUACAACUUCGUUGUUUUCACUCGUACACUACAAUGACGACUACUCGGGGUCCAGGAUUAUACGAAUUCCUUAUAGAAGCGGAGCUGCAACAGUAUUAUUCAGGGAUUAAAAAUGAUCUGAAGGUUCAGAAUGUGUCACAGCUAAAAUAUGUCACAGAGGAGGAUCUUCAACAGAUUGGCAUGACCAAACCAGAAAUGCGGAGGUUGAAAAAGUUUUUUCAACGGCACUUCCCUCAAAACUACAUAUCCAAACUAAAGAAGAUGAUUCGUCCCAAGAAGGAAGAACCUUGUAGUAUGCAGUCUCUUCUCCCUGAUGAUAACACUGAGAAGCCAGCCAUUCGUGUGCCAAACAAGCAUAUCAUACCUGCUGAAGCCAUUAUUGUCAAUAAAGAACUGGGAGCUGGGGAGUUUGGAGUUGUGCAGCAAGGUGUAUGGACUAAUGACCGUGAUAGGAUCCAGGUGGCCAUUAAGUGCCUCAGUCGUGAACGUAUGCAAAAUAACCCAAUAGAGUUUCUGAAGGAAGCUGCCAUUAUGCAUGGCAUAGACCAUGAACACAUUGUUCGUCUGUAUGGUGUUGUUCUUGACACAAGUGCUCUUAUGCUGGUCACAGAACUUGCUCCCUUAAGAUCAUUACUGGAAUGUCUGAAAGAACCUUCAUUGAGGGCUAGCUUUCCAGUUCUUUCCCUGUGUGAUUUUGCUAUUCAAGUCUGUGAUGGGAUGCAGUACUUGGAGACAAAGAGACUUAUACACAGGGAUCUGGCUGCACGGAAUAUUUUGGUUUUCUCUAAAAACAAAGUGAAGAUCUCUGAUUUUGGACUGUCACGAGCCUUGGGUGUCGGAAAAGACUACUAUCAGACUAACUUUAAUGUUAACUUGAAGCUACCGAUUGCAUGGUGUGCACCAGAAUGUAUAAGCUACCUUCGAUUUACUUCGGCUUCUGAUGUUUGGGCUUAUGGGGUCACCCUGUGGGAAAUGUUCAGCUAUGGCUUUCAACCUUGGGCUGCUCUCACUGGUCACCAAAUUUUGGAGGCAAUAGAUGAGCCUAAUUUUCAGCGCUUAGAACAACCUGAAUGUUGUCCGAAGGAGUAUUACAGUGUCAUGUUAAAAUGUUGGCAACAUGAUCCAUCAAAGAGACCCAGAUUUUGUGAUCUUAUGGACAUUUUACCCGAAUGCAAACCAGAACAAGUUCAAGCUGUUCAUGAUGCUCUUGGCGAAGGUCAGUUUCGCCGCGAGCAACUUCUGUAUCGUGUUGGAGAUGUCAUCACUGUGAUAGACAAACUACCACUUCCCGCUGUGACAAAUGUAUGGAAGGGUGUCUUAAGUAAUGGGAAAACUGGUCUGUUUAACCCAGCUCACACUGUAGCUUACAUUGGAAAUAACUUGCCUGCUGCUAAUAUGCCUGGAGAAUUUACUCGUGGAGAUGGCAGAAAUACAUUUUCAUCAAGGCGUCGUCUCCGACCAGAAAUGAUAUCAAGACCCCAGGGAGACCUUCAGCAUUGUGGACAUGUUGGACGUGAUGGAGCCUACUUUGGUGACAUAUCAUUCAUGGGAGGGAAGCAAUACAGCACAUUGCCUCGCCAAGUGGUGACCCCAUACAAACCUCAAGAGGACACUGGUUGUGACACUUCAGAUGUCACUGAUCGCGCUCCUCUUCUCAAAAGCCAUGGACAUGGUCCUCAAGGAGAUGGGAGCUGGUCUGAUUUCCCAGACUCAGAAGAUGUUCCACCGAUGUCCAAGCAUUUGGCUAAAUAUUCUCCACCCAAAAUCUCUCAUCCAGUUCAAACCCCUGUACAAAGUGGUUUGCAGUCUUUUGCAUAUGAAUCCUCUUUGUCUAGUUCCCCUCCUGCUGCUAACACAGAUCAAUUCGGUGCGCUUCACAAAUCAGAUCAUGCCAGCAAUCAACAUUCUAACCAAAUGAUAUCUGUGAGCAGUGGUGGGCCAAACAUUUCUCAUUAUGGCUCUAAGCAAACUGCCCAUCACAGAGCACAUAAUGGAACUCACAAUCGAUCCACCAAUAAAGUCCACAGUGAAAAUACCAAUGGUAUUCAAAAUAGUGCCAAAUUACAGAAAGGUCAUGGUAGCAGCUCGCACCAUGGGUCAAAUCAAUCUGGACAGAAUAUGGCACAUGAAUAUCACGAAAUAUCUGAUGAAGAAGAAGCUGUUGUAAAUCUGGAUAAAACUUAUGAACUUGGCAGCCUUCUCACUGAAAUGGAAUCUGCUUUUCCAUCAUUGGGUAGUUCUCCUCUUCCUUCUUCUUCCCAACCUCCACCAUCACCUUUAGAUGAAGACAUCAACUUCCGCAACGAACAGCGGGAAAUAGCUGCAAAAUGGACAAGUGGACGCAAAAAACAAGCAACACUCAAGCAGCCAUUUGCAACUGAGAAUCGAAGAUCUGUGGGCGGUUUUGCACCUGGAAAACUUCAUGUUUCAUCGGGGAAACUGCGUUUUGCUGCAAGUAGACUUUGUUUUUCAAACAGAAGACAGCGGUUUGGAGUUGAAAAAAAAUUGAACCGAAAUUUGCGGGUCAAACCUAUAUCUGCAUCAGAUGAGAGAACUCUGGAUUCAGCAAUCGCUAUGGUCAAUGAAAUUGCUGCACGGUCUAUGGAGGGAAGUGGCCAUGGUGACGAUUCUCCGAAAACUCCAGCCUCACCCAACAAACGCAAAUUCUCUUUUCGUUUUCCUCCCUCGCAUACCACUACGUCACAUACUCGUCACGCUAGUCUUUCAAGAGGUUCUAGUGAUGAACGUAGAAACUUCACAGCAGAAGCUGCGUCCAUUCCAGACAUGCAGUCAACACUCAGUGCAGAAGCCAAAGCUGUAUACAGCAGUCUUGUAGAAAAUGCAGCAGAUGAAGCUGCUGGAGUUGGGGUUGCCUCUGCGGAAAACAAUCCUCUUCGUAUGUUGCGUUCUGUCCCGGUCGUUCGUCCCAGAGUUCGAGGCAAUAAACAUCAGAACAAUGAGGGAGCAUCAGUUGAGACUUUGGGCUCAAUUCGCUCGCUUCAACGAUCCAAAGUGCCUCCUCCCCUCCCUCCUAUUGGAUGUGGUAGCACAUUUGAAGAGGCAGAAUGUGAAAUUGAUCAUCAAGAAACUGCAGAGCAGCGAGCAGAAGAUAAUCCAAUUCCACUCCCUCCCAGAGAUCGCACUAGACCUCAAACUUCAAGUAGCAAAGCUCGACAUCAAAGAAAGCAUCCUCUUAUAAUUCCAGCUAAUGGGAUGUCCAGAGCACUAGCCAUGGCAUCAAGGGAAACACAGUCUUCUGAUCAGGCAGAUCAAAGUCAUGCAGGGUCACAUGAUGAUAGCUACGAUGAAAGACUAGCGUGUGAAAUUGACAGGCUGGAUGACUUGGAAAUCGAUGCGACUGAUGGAGCACAUGAAGAAGCAAGUCUUGUUACUCUCGACAGUGGUAUGGGGAACCUUACAGUAGGGGACCCUGUCUUUCGUUUGUCUGAUCAUGUGUCAUGUGAAGAUUUGUUGGAGUUUGCUUGUGAUGGCCCCAAUUCACGACGCACUCGGGGCAAAGCACGCGGUGUCGACUCUGACGAAGUUCGAAUCAUGGGGAAGGUCUUAGGGAACAAUGUUCAUGUAGAUGCGUGCCUCAAUGCACUAAAUGCUGCUGACUGGGAUGUUCAUCGUGCCAUAAAACUUGUCAGACUUCAGGCACUGCUGCAGUCAUCACUUGAUUUAGCUGAUUGUGGACAAGCAUUGGACAGUUGUGGUUGGGAUGUGGCAAGAGCUGCAAGUUGGCUCCUUGCUAACUCUGAUGUUGGAGAAACUACUCAUGUUUAGGAAUCUUAAGGUCCCUCUGUUCUUUGUCUAGAGAUGAAAUAGUUUUAUUGAGAAUGGUGUUCAGAUGAACUGGUUUCAGUUUGUACCAAGUAGAUCUAGUUUGUACAAUGAUACCCCAACCCCCACCAAUCCCAGUGAUUUUUAAUUUUUUUAAAUUUGGACGUAGUUUGAGGGUAUGGAAUACACAGGGCAGAUUAGUAUGAAAUUAAUUUUGUGUGAAUAUUUUGUCACGUUUUAAAUCAUGAGACAAGGGCGGCCUUUGUCUUAUGCCUAAAUGCAUUUAUAUUUAUAUAGUCAGUUUUAAUUAUAUUUUUCCUUGUUUUCUUGUGUGAUAAAAGCGAUAUUCUUUUCUUUUAACAAUGAUUGUUAUGAUUUUAUUCAAGAGAUUUUUGAGGAUAUUAUAAGUGAUAUCAUGUGAAGACCUACCAAAGUUACCUUUGUAUUUUAAUUAAUUUCUUUUAUUUGGGCUUUUUAUGUUGUUUUAUCCCUUUCCAGCAGUAUUGUAAUACUUCCAGGGUGCUUUGAUUUCUUUUCCCAGUUGUAAUCACAAACUAACCAAUGACUCUUCUUUACUUACACAUUUGUGUGAAGUUUGUGGUGGCUCUUUUUUAUAUUUGCAUUAUGUAUUCAGGUGACAGUCUUCCCUAGCCUGUGUUUGGGAAUAAGUCUGCUUUCUGAAGUCAAAGUUGUGUACCUGUUCAUUUCAUUCAACUGCCUUGAUACAUUUUGAAGACCUGUCUUCAGCCAAAAUCUACAAUGAACAAAAGUAAUCUGGAGACUGCAUAAAGACUGGUUUUCAUUUUUUGUUUUUGUAUUUUCUUAACAAUUAAGCCACAAUUUAUUACUGAUUCUGAGCAUUAAGAAAAUGUCUCAUUCAACCCUAUAUCCUAGUAAAAUAAGAUUGUCUUUGCAUUGUGCAAUUCAUACUCAUGCUCACAUUAUGCAUUUUUUGCAUAUUUUCCUGAGCUUGUGCAAAUAAUAUAGGCUUAAGUUGGUGUUCAGCUGUUUGGUAUGGUGCCUGUGCCAGUAUUAAUAGCUUUUGUGGAAUCAUUUACUGUCGUGUUUUAACAGGUUACAUGCCUAACAAGUUUGGAGCUUGAAGAGGUUUGUCAUGUGGUCAUAUUAGGUCUCUCAUCUUCAAUGUGGCCAUACAAACAUGUCCAUCCAUAUUUUGUCUUACAUAUCCCUUAAUGUUGUGCUGUGAAAUUGGAGUAAACAGAACGCACAAUUCUAGCUUGGGGCCAUACCAGGCAGUACCAUUUAUUUUGUAUACUCAACUUAUCUUUGCUGAUAUAUCAGUGCUUUAAACAGGUAGAUAGGGCAUUACAACGCGUCAAAAACAAUGUAUUCGUGCUUAUCGCUGAAACAUUAUUCCUCUCCUCCAUUUUGUUUGUACUUUUUGAAAUGUUUUUGACUGUAUUUUACCAGGAGUAAUGAGAAAAUGAUCUGAUUAUAUGUAAAAUGUGCUCACAAAUAAAAACUUCUGAUACCAA